ACGUCACACUGCCGUCAGUGCCGCCUCGUGGUCGAGUUGUCAAGCACGUGAAACGAGGGGGAUCCGUCCAUUACUUCGGAGAUUUGAAAAUUUGAAACGUCUAACGAGAAUUUGUUGCGUGCGACGAUUUGUGUUGGUAUUGGUAGUCACGGGCACGGACGCGUGGGGUGCGAAUCGGCGGAGGCACUCAUCGUCGACGGGACGGACGCUCUCCGAGAGGAUCCAGCCGCUAAGUUGAGAGAUCGAGCGACAGCAAUCACGAUAAACUAUCCUCUGAUUGCGUCGAAUCCUCCGAUCGCGCGUUUCGAACGCGCUGCACAAUCGCAGACACGGCCCGGAAUUGGAAGGUAGUUUUUCCGCAAGUUUCCCUGAGUCCGUCUGAGGGCAAAUUAUAGGGCAACAUGGCGAUUACGGCCAGGAGAUUGUAAUAGAACAAUUGUAAAUUGUAUCAUGUACACGAUCUAAAACUCUGAAAGAGAGAGAGAGAGAGAGAGAAAGAGGGAGAAAGAAAAAGAGAGAUAAAUAAAAUAAAAUAAAGGCACAUUAAAUCUCAAAUGACGAAAAUGAUGAAAAUGUUUGGAGACUAAGCUUUAGAAGCAUAUAUUUUGCACAGGCAAAGUUGUAUAUGUAAAAUUAAUAUAAGUAAUUAAUAGUUGAUUAGAAAUAUACACAGGCUGUUUCGUUUGGUUCAUAUGAAUUUUUCCUUAACACAGUGCUGUGUCACAUGUACAUAAAAUUAUUCAUUAAAUGCAGUUAUUCAUUCACAUUACAAUUUUUUUUUACAACUCUGUACAUUUCACAUGCAUACAUAUUUAUUAAUUCUAUGACAAGAGAUAGACAGAGUAAAUUGUAGUGUUACAUUAUUUCUGAAUUCCUAAUUUCGUUAUGAUAUAGUCUCAUCUCCUUACAUUACAGCUGAAUUAUUAUAUACAUAUCUGUUGUGAAAUUUUAGAUUUACAUAGUAGAAUCUUAAAAGAUACAACAUAAUAUCUUGCAAAACUGCAUUAUAAAAAAGAUAUAUAUAAAAGAAAAAGAAAUAAAGAAAAAUAAGAAGCUUGAAGCUUUUCUAAGUGUACAUGUAAAUAUGUGUACAUUUAUUUGAUGAAAUAUCAAUUAUUGCAAGAUACAUUUAACAAUAAUAAUAUUACGUGCCUUAAUAAAUAUAUUGCUACAAAUAUUUAUGAGUGCCAUUAAGUGCAUAUUACUACAUUAAGAAUCAAAUAAACAAUCUAAAAGAGAGAUCUAAUAUCUUGUAUACCUAUUUUGACUAUGUAUCAUUCAUUUCGUCCAUCACAAAUGAUGGUACAAAUAAUGGGAACACACCAAACAAAUGGACAAUGUCCACCAGCACAAAGUCAUACCCUGCAUAUUAAUGGUGUAAACGCAUUACAUCAGUCUGAUUUCCCACAAUAUGGUUCGAAUAUUUCUGGACACAACAGACAUCGUACGAUACAGACAGGAUCUCCAUUGGAUUUAUUACAAUUAAUAGGAGUCGAUGUUCCAUCAAUACGACGAGUAGAUUACAUGCAAUCAAACAAUAAUUCAUCUUCUGUAAAUUGGGAAAGACGCAUAAAUACAUCCAGCAACUCAAUUAUACCAUUCACAAACUAUAAUUACAAGCCAACAAAUACUACAAAUACUAAUUCGACAAAGAAACCAAGCUGGAAUAACAGAAAUAGCAGACGGAGUUCAUACAGAAAUUUCUCAAAAUACGAGGCUUAUAAUAGUGAUAGUGGGUUUAGUUCUCGUUCACCAACACCAAACAAACAUUAUAUUGACAAUAGUUUAAUAGAAUCUUCAGAUGAACGAGAUUCUACGAGUUCAGUAAGAGGACAGUGGUUAAACAAAAAGCAUCAUAAACAGCCAGAUAAUAGAGCAUAUAACACAGCAAAUGGCUUAAUUUCAAGUGCAUCUGCACAUCAGUUUUAUCCAACCCAACGACCCAAGGAUAAUUAUGAUACUUCCAAUUCUACUUCGAGAUCGCACGUACAAAAUUAUCAGAAUAGAAGAAGAUAUUUAUCAGGCAAAAAUGAAAAUACACCUUCACAAAGAUAUGUGCGAAAUCGUAAAUAUUCUGAAGCACCGAAUUACGAUAGGUUUCCUGGAUGUAUUGCAGCGCCUGAUAGAUUUCUUGCUAGAUCUCAUUCAGUACAAGUAACAUCUGUACCGAAAAAUCUUCUCACUGGAUCAUCAUGGGAUGAUCUGUCCGAACAAGUUUGGCGUAAAUUUAUUGCACAUCAACAAACCGAAACUACAUAUAAAAAGAAAAUGAUGCUUUGGAAGCAUCUUAAUACAUAUAUUAAGACUAUAUAUCCAAAUUAUGGAGUGUUUUUGGUUGGGUCAACAAUGAAUGGGUUUGGUUCAAAUGAUAGCGACGUCGAUGCGUGUCUUUUAGUGAAACACACAGAACUGGACGUGAGAUGUAUAGCUAUAGAACAUUUAGUGGAAGUGCUAAAACAUCUUAAACAAAGUGAUUUUGUUGAACAACUCGAUAUUAUACAUGCAAAAGUGCCCAUUAUAACAUUCCUUGAUGCAGCACAAAAAUUUAAAGUUGAUUUGAAUUGUAACAAUUCUGUUUCCAUCAAGAACACUCAUCUACUAUAUUGUUAUUCCAAACUUGAUUGGAGAGUAAAACCUUUGGCGCUUGUUGUCAAACUUUGGGCUCAAUGGCAUCAUAUCAAUAAUCCAAAAUGUAGGACACUGUCUAGUUACUCUCUGGUCCUUAUGGUUAUACAUUUUUUACAAUGUGGUACCAAUCCUCCUGUUCUGCCAUGCUUGCAUUCAAUGUUUGCAAACAAAUUUAAGUCGGACGCGAAUAUUUAUAAUAUCGAUAUUCAUGAGGAUUUGAACAUUUCAUCAUCCAAUCGUUUACCUGAGAACCAUCAGUCCCUUGGGGAAUUACUAUUUGAAUUUUUCAAAUAUUAUGUGGAAUUUGACUUUGACCAGUACGCGAUAUCUGUACGUUCAGCAAGCAAAAUACCGAAAGAGGAUUGUCGUAUGGCACAGUCAUCUAAAAAUGAUCCUUAUCAAUGGAAAUAUCUGUGUAUUGAAGAGCCAUUUGACUUGACUAAUACAGCUAGAUCAGUUUUUGAUCCGGACAUGUUCUCUAAAAUCAUAUUCAUAUUAAAUCUUACGUAUUCAAGACUCAAGCGAAGGUAUAAUUUAAAUGAUGUGUUUGGCGAGAUGCGUCUAAUGAUGAUCGGUACCGAUUGGGUGCUAAUGUUAGAUGAUAAUGACGAAGAAUGAGAGAGAUAAGAUCGUCUUGUGCGAUCCUGUUUAGUACCUUGUGAUAUUAAGCCUUAUUUUUAAAUAACUAAUAAUAUUUGCAAGGUAUAAAGAUAUCCUUUGUUUAAGAUCCUAUUUUUCCUUUUUUGAAGGAUUUUGAAAUCACAAAUACGCAAUCAGGAUGUUACAUAUAUAGUUAAUAAUACGUUGUAUGUAAUUAUUAUUAACUGUACUUGUAACAUCUUGGAGGAAAUGUUGCUAUCUGCAUUUACUAA